AUGGCGACGUCGAAGACGCUUGAGGCUCGUUUCGAGCACCUUUCUAUGAAAGAUGAGAAGGAAUAUGGUCAAAAUGAGCGGGCCUAUGGCAAGCAAAAGGCCUCCGUCCCUUCCAACCAAACGAGCAACAACUCCAACCGAGCUCAGUUGCUGAAGCUGGCACUCCAAAACACCAAUGAAAAUAAGGCCAAUGCUAUGAACAUGCCCGCCUCGCCGGGCAGAGGCUCCCACGGCGCAUUGGUUACCCGAGCCACCGAUGAGAACGGCGAUCAGCGCACUUCGUCUUCGCUGUGCGAUCAGCCAUCUGCUCCCAAGGACUUGCACCUGGGCAUGUUCGAAAUCGGCAAACCUCUAGGAAAGGGUAAAUUUGGCCGUGUAUACCUGGCCAAAGAACGAUCAUCUGGCUUCGUCUGCGCACUCAAGGUGCUGCACAAGUCUGAACUCCAACAGGGUGGGGUCCAAAAGCAAGUGAGGCGUGAGAUUGAGAUUCAGAGUAACUUGCGACACCCUAAUGUCUUAAGACUGUACGGUCACUUCCAUGAUAGCAAACGGAUCUUUUUGAUCCUCGAGUUUGCUGGCCGUGGUGAGCUGUACAAACACCUUCGCAAGGAGCACAGGUUCCCGGAGUGGAAGGCCGCUCAAUACAUCGCACAGAUGGCUGCUGCAUUGAAAUACCUGCACAAAAAGCACGUGAUGCACCGUGACAUCAAGCCCGAGAAUAUUUUGGUCGGCAUUCACGGAGAGAUCAAGAUCAGUGAUUUUGGUUGGAGCGUCCAUGCACCCAACAACCGCCGCCAGACCAUGUGCGGAACUCUCGACUACCUACCCCCUGAGAUGCUCAACCCGGGCUCUCAAGCCAACUAUUACAGUGAGAAGGUUGACUUGUGGAGCUUGGGCGUGUUGGCCUAUGAAUUUUUGGUCGGUGAGGCACCAUUCGAGGAUACCCCAGUCAUGACCCAACGCAGGAUUACCCGGGCAGAUAUGUCCGUGCCAUCCUUCGUGAGCCCCGAGGCAAAGGAUCUUAUUAAGAGGCUUCUUGUUCUCGACCCUGCGAAGCGUAUCCCGCUUGAGGAGAUAUCACGACACCCAUGGAUCGUCAAGCAUUGUGUGAAAGACGACAGAAGUGUGAAGCGGAGCUCAGGCUCCUCUAAAGAUGGCAAAGCAUGA